AUGUUCGUGCUCCCACUCAAGCGAUUUUCUCGAGGUACGGCUAGCAAGACACGAUGCUGGCCGCGGAGUGUCCUUCCUCAGCCAACACGCCGGGCACUCCAUCUGGCCCCGCCGUUUCUUCUGGACGAUUAUAUCCCCAGAUAUCACCUCAUCUCAUCACUUGAUGCCGCUCGUAAACGGUCUGAGGCAUACGCCCAUCUGCGCAAUUGCAACCUCUGCCCGCGGCUCUGCGGAGUCAAUCGGUACGAGAAGACCGGUACCUGUCUCAUCGGAGUCAAUGUUCUCUGCAAUGUGAUUGCCCCACACUUCGGCGAGGUAGAGCCAUGCAUUCAAGGCCACAACGGGUCCGGCUCUGUCUUCUUCUCGGGCUGCAACCUCCGCUGCGUCUUCUGCCAGAACCAUGACAUCGCACACCAGCGUAACGGUUUCGAACUUACGCCUGAAGAGCUCGCAGAAUGGUACAUGAAGCUGCAAGAGAUCGGCGGUUGCCAUAACAUCAACCUUGUUACGCCGGAACAUGUCGUUCCGCAAGUCGUACUCUCGAUCCUACACGCACGAGAUCUGGGCUUACGGAUACCCAUCAUCUAUAACACGUCCUCCUUCGACUCCCUAGACUCGCUGAGGCUACUGGAUGGACUCGUAGAUAUCUAUCUGCCGGACUUCAAGGUCUGGAAAGACAGCACCUCGAAGCGGUUACUGAAGGCCGAUAAUUACACCUCCGUGGCCAUGGAGAGCAUCAAAGCCAUGCAUGCCCAAGUCGGUGAUCUCUGCUUCACGCCUGACGGGAUUGCAAAGAAGGGCGUGCUGGUGAGGCAUUUGGUCAUGCCUGGCAAGGAGGAUGAAGGACGAGAAAUUGUCAAGUGGCUCGCGGAGAACGUAUCCAAGGACAUCUUCGUGCAUAUCAUGGAGCAGUACCACCCACGAGCGCAUGUUGGGAAGCCUAAGCGCACGACUGGAAAGAAUGAGAAAAUCCGGUAUGGGGACAUCAACCGGCCUGUGAGCAUGCAGGAAGUUUCUAGUGUAAAAGAGGCGGCAAUAGAUGCAGGCCUGUGGAGGUUUGUGGAGGCCGCAGAGCAUGGGGGCUUCAAUAUCUGA